CUGAAUUUUCCCCCGAGACUUUGCCUCUUCAGAUAUUAUAACCAAUGGCAACAAUCGAUGGAAGACCGGCGCAAUAUGGGAUAUCACUUAAGCAAUUACGGGAACUCAUGGAGCAUCGAGGAAGGGAAGGUGUAACUAAAAUCAGUGAGCUCGGUGGCGUUCAUGAGUUAUGCAAAAAGUUGUACACAUCCCCAAAUGAAGGCCUUAGUGGGUCGAAAGCUGAUGAGGAGCACAGACGUGAAACGUUUGGCUCAAACGUAAUACCACCGAAACCCCCUAAAACAUUUUUAACGCUAGUCUGGGAGGCGCUUCAAGAUGUUACACUUAUAAUAUUAGAGGUAGCUGCGUUAGUAUCACUUGGUCUGUCAUUUUACAAACCUGCAGAUGAGGAUGCCCCUUUGCUCCAAGAAGAAGAUGAACAUCACGGUUGGAUAGAGGGUCUGGCUAUACUAAUUUCGGUCAUUGUUGUAGUGAUAGUGACUGCUUUUAAUGAUUAUUCAAAGGAGCGACAAUUUCGAGGCCUCCAGAGCCGAAUUGAGGGCGAGCACAAAUUUUCAGUUAUUCGAGGUGGCGAGGUAUGCCAAAUAUCGGUUGGAGAUAUCCUUGUUGGUGAUAUUGCACAAGUCAAAUAUGGCGAUCUUUUACCAGCUGAUGGAUGUCUUAUACAGAGCAAUGAUCUAAAGGUGGACGAAUCUUCACUGACUGGUGAGUCGGAUCAUGUAAAAAAGGGCCCGGAUACCGACCCGAUGGUUUUAUCUGGUACCCAUGUCAUGGAGGGGAGUGGCAAAAUGGUUGUAACAGCCGUUGGAGUAAACUCACAGGCAGGCAUCAUUUUCACAUUGCUUGGAGCUGCUGUGGAUGAGCAGGAAGCCGAAAUUAAAAAGAUGAAGAAAGAAGCUAAAAAGGCCAAUAAACAAAAGACUAAAAGCCAGACAGGUGAGAGUGAUGGACGUCCGCCAAUGAAAGAAUCAUCUCAUGCCGUCGCUCCAACUCAGUAUGCCAGCGAAGCCAUCAAAUCGGAAUCGGAUGGAAAUCAUGUGCAGCCCUCUACCACUUCAGCUGCUGAAACUGGACACAAGAAGGAAAAAUCAGUGCUGCAGGCUAAAUUAACGAAAUUAGCAAUACAAAUUGGUUACGCUGGUUCCACGAUUGCCGUGCUUACUGUUAUCAUACUGAUUAUACAGUUUUGCGUUAAGACGUUUGUCAUCGAUGAGAAACCAUGGAAAAACACCUAUGCUAAUAAUCUCGUUAAGCACUUGAUUAUCGGUGUCACAGUAUUAGUUGUUGCUGUCCCUGAAGGGCUUCCACUGGCCGUAACGCUGUCUUUGGCGUAUUCGGUGAAGAAAAUGAUGAAGGAUAAUAACUUGGUGCGUCAUUUGGAUGCCUGUGAGACAAUGGGCAACGCAACGGCUAUAUGCUCCGACAAGACGGGCACGUUAACAACAAAUCGUAUGACCGUUGUUCAAUCCUACAUUUGCGAAAAACUAUGCAAGGUGCUCCCAACGCUCGCGGACAUACCACAGCAUGUCGGGAAUCUAGUCACUAUGGGAAUAUCUGUCAACUCCGCCUAUACCUCGAACAUAAUGCCUGGACAAAAUCCAACCGACUUACCUAUUCAAGUAGGGAACAAGACAGAAUGCGCCCUACUUGGGUUUGUUCAGGCUCUUGGAGUUAAAUAUCAAUCUAUACGCGAUGAAAUACCUGAGGAUAAAUUUACACGGGUUUACACCUUCAACUCUGUACGAAAAAGCAUGGGUACAGUAAUACCACGACCCAACGGCGGCUAUCGCUUAUAUACCAAGGGUGCCUCGGAGAUCAUAAUGAAGAAAUGCGCCUUUAUCUAUGGUCAUGAGGGAACAUUGGAAAAGUUCACACGAGACAUGCAGGAGCGUUUAAUUCGAGAAGUAAUUGAACCGAUGGCUUGUGAUGGUUUACGUACUAUAUCUAUUGCCUAUCGCGAUUUUGUGCCCGGCAAAGCCGCAAUCAAUGAGGUGCACAUCGAUACAGAACCUAAUUGGGAUGAUGAGGAAAACAUUAUGUCGAAUUUGACCUGCCUGUGUGUUGUGGGUAUUGAGGAUCCUGUCCGUCCCGAGGUACCGGAUGCUAUAAAAAAAUGCCAAAGAGCUGGCAUUACGGUGCGCAUGGUUACGGGUGAUAAUAUAAACACGGCACGUUCCAUUGCCAGUAAAUGUGGCAUAUUACGACCCAAUGACGACUUUCUUAUUCUGGAGGGUAAAGAGUUUAAUAGACGCAUUCGUGACAGCAAUGGUGAUAUCCAACAGCAUCUCAUUGACAAGGUUUGGCCGAAACUCCGGGUACUUGCACGUUCAUCGCCCACAGACAAAUACACGUUGGUAAAAGGAAUGAUCGACAGUAACGUGACCGACAAUCGGGAAGUUGUUGCUGUUACAGGCGAUGGUACGAACGAUGGUCCAGCUUUGAAGAAGGCAGAUGUUGGCUUUGCAAUGGGUAUUGCAGGCACAGAUGUUGCCAAAGAAGCAUCUGAUAUCAUACUCACUGACGAUAACUUUAGCAGCAUUGUUAAGGCUGUCAUGUGGGGUCGUAAUGUUUAUGAUUCAAUUGCAAAAUUUUUGCAGUUCCAAUUGACAGUUAAUGUCGUCGCAGUGAUUGUAGCAUUUAUUGGUGCUUGUGCAGUACAGGAUUCGCCUCUUAAAGCAGUACAAAUGUUAUGGGUAAACCUUAUUAUGGAUACACUCGCAUCUCUAGCUUUGGCUACGGAAGUGCCGACGCCUGAUCUAUUGCUGCGUAAACCAUAUGGACGCACAAAGCCUUUAAUAUCACGCACAAUGAUGAAAAACAUUUUGGGUCAAGCGCUGUACCAGUUAGUAAUCAUAUUUGGCCUCCUCUUUGUUGGUGAUUUAAUACUUGACAUUGAGUCUGGACGUGGACAGGAUCUAAACGCUGGACCAACCCAACAUUUCACAAUAAUCUUUAACACUUUUGUCAUGAUGACCCUUUUCAAUGAGAUUAAUGCCAGAAAAAUACACGGCCAGCGUAACGUUGUUGAGGGACUUUUUACCAACCCUAUAUUUUACACCAUCUGGAUAUUUACAAUGAUUUCGCAAGUAUGUUGAGUCGAUUUAGCCAUG